AUGUCUAGUGGACCUCCUACUAAAAAAAAGAGACAAGGUCGUAGGAACAAUAAUCAAAUAGAGUACCUAGUAGACUAUUUGAUUCAACACCCGAAUGUAGCUACAGGGAAAUUCAUGAAAAUGAAUGCAAGAGACGCACUCCAAGGAUCUUGGGAAGAACUCGUUAGACAAUUGAAUGAGAUGCGAAGUAAUGGGCAGUCUGAAAAAAAUGUUAAAUCAUGGAAAGAGGUUGGUACAAUGUAUCAGGUACAUAGAUGUCCACAAGAUUUUGUGUUAGGUACAGCACACUUUUUAAACAGUACUUUAAAUGAAACUAUACAAACUCUUCACGAGGAAGAUCAAAAGGAUCUUGUGUAUCUCUCAAAACCCUUCUUUCGAUUCGCCGUUCUUGUACUCUAA